AGGGGCUGGGCCCAGUUAUGCGAGGUAUCUGGGGCCUGGCCCGGCCCGGCCCUCAGUCUCCGCACGCCUGUGUCCUGUGCCCAGGAGUACUAGUAGCUGGAGCCCAGGCAGUGGAGAGUUGGUCCUCCGGGCCCAGGAGGGAUAGAGAGGAGGGACCAAAUCUGCCUCUCUGCUCCCCUGCUUCUUGCAACCAGACCUCUGAGAGUCUUCCGGCCACUUGCCUGCCCUCAGUCUUUCUGGGAAAGUGAAACGAAAACUGUUCCCAGAUGAAGAGAACGCACCUGUUCAUCGUGGGGGUCUACCUGCUGUCCUCCUGCAGGGCAGAAGAGGGACUCAACUUCCCCACGUAUGAUGGCAAGGACCGCGUGGUAAGCCUCACUGAGAAGAACUUCAAGCAGGUUUUGAAGAAAUACGACUUGCUCUGCCUCUACUACCACGAGCCCGUGUCUUCAGACAAAGUCGCGCAGAAACAGUUUCAACUGAAAGAAAUUGUGCUGGAGCUUGUGGCCCAGGUCCUGGAACAUAAAGAUAUAGGCUUUGUGAUGGUGGAUGCCAAGAAAGAAGCCAAGCUUGCCAAGAAACUGGGUUUUGACGAAGAAGGAAGUCUGUAUGUUCUUAAGGGCGAUCGCACAAUUGAGUUUGAUGGCGAAUUUGCAGCUGACGUCCUGGUGGAGUUUCUCCUGGACCUAAUUGAGGAUCCCGUGGAGAUCAUCAACAGCAAACUGGAAGUCCAAGCCUUUGAACGCAUUGAGGACCACAUCAAGCUCAUUGGCUUUUUCAAGAGUGAAGACUCGGAGUAUUACAAGGCUUUUGAAGAGGCAGCUGAACACUUCCAACCUUACAUCAAAUUUUUUGCUACGUUCGACAAAGGGGUUGCAAAGAAAUUAUCCUUGAAGAUGAAUGAGGUUGACUUCUACGAGCCAUUUAUGGAAGAGCCCAUUGCCAUCCCCGACAAACCUUACACAGAAGAGGAGCUCGUGGAGUUUGUCAAGGAGCACCAAAGACCCACCUUACGUCGCCUGCGCCCAGAAGAUAUGUUUGAAACAUGGGAAGAUGAUUUGAAUGGGAUCCACAUUGUGGCCUUUGCAGAAAGGAGUGACCCAGAUGGUUACGAGUUCCUGGAAAUCCUGAAACAGGUUGCCAGGGACAACACGGACAACCCUGACCUGAGCAUCGUGUGGAUUGACCCGGAUGACUUUCCUCUGCUUGUUGCCUAUUGGGAAAAGACUUUCAAGAUUGAUCUAUUCAAGCCACAGAUUGGGGUGGUGAAUGUGACAGAUGCCGACAGCGUCUGGAUGGAGAUCCCAGAUGACGACGACCUGCCCACAGCUGAGGAGCUGGAAGACUGGAUCGAGGAUGUGCUUUCCGGGAAGAUAAACACUGAAGACGACGACAACGAAGAUGAGGAUGACAGGGAUGAUGACGAGGAUGACGAUGACGAUGACGACGACAAUUCUGAUGAGGAUAAUGAUGACAGCGAUGAUGAUGAUGAGUAGCCCCCACCCCGGAUGACUGAUAAAAGCAAAAUCACAGCUACACGACCAUGCAGACAGCACGGCGGGGACAGCACACAGCCCUGGCCUCCGCCCGCCAGCUCCUUCCCCCUUGCCCAUCCCUUUCCCCAACCCCUUCUCAUCAGGAGCUGUACCAUUCAGCAAAUGCCUCUAAACCCAGUAAUCCCACUCAGCAGGAACAAGUGGGGGAAUUAUUGCCAUGUGGACUGUCUUGAUUGUCUUGGAAAAACUCUUGUUCUUUGCCAGACUGUCAGCGGCUGUAGCAGUGCCGGAAUCCAGUGGUCUGGUCGAACAAUCCCCUGACACCGCUACUCAAGUUUACUUGUUGUCUUUGAUGUGACGGUAACAGAAUGGACAGCUGGCAAACUCCGAGCAUAGAAUGACCUUACAGUCGGAGCCCAGGGAGACCCGCAAUUAAUCCAUUUGGUUCCCGUGCCUAGAACAUCAGUGGGGAUCCCUCCUCAAGGCAAGAGGUUCUCUCUUAGGGAGGGCUCAGCCUUAGAAACGAGUUUAUAAAUCAGUUAAACUGAUUCUUUCAAAUGUAGGUGAGGCCAUUAUGAGCUCAGAUCCAAGUGUUGGGAUAGCUACUGGGAGGCCUUGAACCCCAUGUGUACAGAUAUCACCAUCAUUUCUAGUACGUUAGGAUCUGGGAUCGGAGGUAGAUUUGCUUUCUGAACUUCCCUUUAGCGAUGACAAAUCUUGCACUAUGCACAAGGGGGUGGGGAAAGUGGGAGGAUUACAGGUUUUUAAUUUUUUCUUCUGGGUUCAUGCCCCUGAUUGAGUCAGCUGGCUUCCUAGUCUGAACUGGGAUCUAGAUACCCUUCUCUGUUGCUGCUAGUGAGCCCUCCCUUGGGGAGUGAAAGUUGGUUUAUCUAGAGGUCAACCAAUGCUCCAUUUGUCAGCCCUCCCACACUUGCACAGGACAAUAGCUAGAGUUCAUAAUGGCGCCCUCAGGAACUGAGAGAAUCCCAAAGUGCCUUCAAAACUAUCUAGAAGUUACAUUGUGCUUGAUAGUUUUAGCAGUAAGUGUGCAUUAUAACGUUCUAAUUUAUUUUCUCAAUCUUUUAACACGUGUAAAACACGGUGCAAAUGCUUUGGAAAUAGGGUAAUCCUUGUAUGGAAUAGUAGCCAACUAACACUACCAUUAAACUUAUACUUUGAAAAUAUUGA